AUGGAGAGAAAAGACAGAGCCGACGACGAAGAGGAGAUGAUGGCAGCAGAGAUGGCCGAGCUGGAGCGAAUGGAUCAGGCCCAGCGAGACAUGGACAACGAUAGCGAGGGCAGUGAUCGCGAUGCCCUGCCUCCGCCGGCCAACGAAGAAGAGAUCGCAGAAGCUCGGGAGAUUUUCAAGAAAGCCCAGGAAGAUCUCAAGGAGCGCAACCGGAUGAAGGAGCUUGUCAAGGAUGCCAACCAAAGCGAUCUCCAGGCCAUGAUAAACGCCCGGCUUGCCAAGCGGUGA